UUUUUUUUUUUUUUGAAUUAUGAAACGCUCGAUACGUACAAGUAUAAUCGCUGCAAUAGCUUUAAUAUUUUUUUUCUUUGCUUAUAAUGUAUUACAAACAAAUAGACUAGCAAGAACUCUAUCUAAAGAUCAAAAUGAACAAAUUAUAGAGUAUGAACCAACACAGUUUAUUGAAGUGAAUCCAGAUGAAAAGUUUAUGUCUUUUUUCCCUCAUGGUGACUUUACUGAACAACAUGAAGCUGUCAGAAAUGCACUUCGUAUAGCUGUAGAAACAAAUCGUACGUUAAUUUUACCCCAAUUAAGACUAGGUAAAAAGCACAUACCAUGGGCCCCUUUUCCUAUUCUUCAAAAAUAUUACGAAUUACAAGAUAGAGAACUUCUAAAAAGUUUAUGCGCAACAAAUGUUAAGGAUUGGAGGUUGGAGUAUCAUUCGUGUGAUGAUUUAAAUGAAUGGAUUGAAGUACCGUGGUCCACCUUUUUUGACUUGAACGUUCUUCGAAACCAGUUUAAAAUACGUAUUUAUGAACGUACAUGGGGACAUGGCUGGGGCAACAAAGAAGCAGUCUUGUCUCAUCUUGGCCCCUUUGAUGUGGUUGCUUUAGAUCCCACUAGUUUUCCUAGUAAUGGUUCUGAUUGGGACACUAGUAAACAGCAACAUGCCUUUUCAUCUAAUAAUAGAUUCUUUGAUACUAUGAGGAGUUUGCGUUCAUUAAAUGAAGUAAAGUUCAGCCUUGAGCUAAAACGACCCCUUAAAAUGCUUGUAACAUCAAGACAGCUCAAAAAUAUUAAAGAACGGUAUAUACAAUUUGGAUCAUUGGUGUAUGGACUUCGCUUUCAGACCUCUACGAAUAAAAUUCAGAGUGAAUUACGCAAGGCAUUAAGAACUAAUAUCUUUGUAACACCAAAUGAACUUCCACUUGUUGAUGAAGUAGCUAACAAAGUUGUAAGUGAGCUAGGCGGAGCACGACAGUUUAAUAUGAUUCGUUUGAAUUUGAAAAGUUUAGCCAUGAUUGAGCUUGAAAAUCAAAGAUCUUUAAAGAAAAUACAAGCUGAAAUUGAGGGUAAACCGUAUGUAGAUUUCAUGAUAAAAUCAGAUAUGACAGGCUUAGAAUUAUUGAAACAACUUGAUCAUUCGAUACAGACAGAGUUGAUGACAUCGUUAGUAAGAGAAUUACUAGGAGAUAUGCCUAUUGAUCAAGCCAUUACUGCUGCAUCGUCAGUUCGUAACUCCAUAUUAAAGCAAGUAUUAACUAUUACCGGCUUAACAGAUAGAGAAAGUUUACUAUUAGCCUGUAUUGAUUAUAAAAAGAAUGUAGAUACUAAAUUUCCUAUCUAUUUCUUAACCAAUGAUAUUUAUGAUGAUGUGGUAGCUCACCCAGAAUUAUUUGGCCCGUUAUUAAAAGUAUUCCCUUGCACAUUUUCCAAAAAGGAUAUGUAUAAUUGGGGUAUUAUUAAACCUAACUGGGCUAAAAAUGCUCUAAAAGGUAUUAAAAAUAUUAAUCAUGAAAGUAUGCUAUCUCCUAUAGUAGAAAUUCUGAUAGCGCGUAAAUCUCUUUCAUUCUUUGAAGUCCCUACUACAAAAUUAACUCGAUUAAUUUCAUGGCAUUAAAUAUAUCACAUCCUUAAUAUAUUUAUAAUCUCAUUUAGAUUAACUUAUCCCUUAAAAAUUAUAUCCCCCUUUUCUUUUCCCUUACAUUUUUUGAAGC